CCAGUGGCGGCCACCUGCGCCUCGCCACUCCUUGCUCGCACCUCAUUCGCGCGCCCUCCCUUCCCGCUCUUCCUCUCGGGCGGUAUUUAACCCUGGGGCUGUUGGCCUCGCCGUGCGUGCUGGCAUCUCCUGCUUUGCCAGUCUUGCGUCUCCGCCGCCCCUCUCCCUCCCGCGCCCCCUCCGCCUCCCCGCCGGCGCCCGCUUUCCCCUCCCACCUCCUCUGGCUCUCGCGGGCUCUCUCGCACCAGAGCCUGGAGGCGGCACGCCCGGCCGUCUAAGCGGGCACAGCUUUGGCUGAGGGACGACUUACCGGCCGCAGGUUGGGUAGGUGAGGCAGAAGGAGGUUCAGCGGCGAGAGCCACCGGGAGGGCGGUCCUGAGGAGCAUGGCCCCGAGAAGCGCCUUCCCUGGCGCCGCGCUCCGGCUGUGGAGCAUCCUCCAGUGCCUGCUGGCGCUGCGGGCGGAGGUCGGGCAGCCGCGGGAGGAAAGCCUGUACCUCUGGAUCGAUGCUCACCAGGCGAGAGUGCUCAUAGGAUUUGAAGAAGAUAUCUUGAUUGUUUCCGAGGGGAAAAUGGCCCCUUUUACACAUGAUUUCAGAAAAGCACAACAGAGAAUGCCAGCUAUUCCUGUCAGUAUCCAUUCCAUGAAUUUCACCUGGCAAGCUGCAGGGCAGGCAGAAUACUUCUAUGAAUUCCUGUCCUUACGCUCCUUGGAUAAAGGCAUCAUGGCAGACCCAACCGUCAACGUCCCUCUGCUGGGAACAGUGCCUCACAAGGCAUCAGUUGUUCAAGUUGGUUUCCCGUGUCUUGGAAAACAAGAUGGAGUGGCAGCAUUUGAAGUGAAUGUGAUUGUAAUGAAUUCUGAAGGCAACACCAUCCUACAGACGCCUCAAAAUGCUAUCUUCUUUAAAACAUGUCAACAAGCUGAAUGCCCAGGAGGGUGCCGAAAUGGAGGCUUUUGCAAUGAGAGACGCAUCUGCCAGUGUCCUGAUGGAUUCUAUGGCCCUCACUGUGAGAAAGCCCUUUGCACACCACGGUGUAUGAACGGUGGACUUUGUGUCUCUCCUGGGUUCUGCAUCUGCCCACCUGGAUUCUAUGGAGUCAAUUGUGAUAAAGCAAACUGCUCAACUACCUGCUUUAACGGAGGGACCUGUUUCUACCCUGGCAAAUGUAUUUGCCCUCCAGGACUAGAGGGAGAACAGUGUGAAAUAAGCAAAUGCCCACAGCCCUGUCGAAAUGGAGGUAAAUGCAUUGGUAAAAGCAAAUGUAAGUGCUCCAAAGGUUACCAAGGAGACCUCUGUUCAAAGCCUGUCUGCGAGCCUGGCUGUGGUACCCACGGAACCUGCCACGAGCCCAACCAAUGCCAAUGUCAGGAAGGCUGGCACGGAAGAAACUGCAAUAAAAGGUACGGAGCCAGCCUCAUGCACGCCCUGAGGCCAGCAAGCACCCGGCUCAGGCAGCGCACGCCUUCACUUAAAAAGGCUGAGGAGCGGCAGGACCCACCUGAAUCCAAUUACAUCUGGUGAACUCCGACAUCUGAAACGUUUUAAGUUACACCAAGUUCAUAGCCUUUGUUAACCUUUCAUGUGUUGAAUGUUCAAAUAAUGUUCAUUACAGUUAAGAAUACUGGCCUGAAUUUUAUUAGCUUCAUUAUAAAUCACUGAGCUGAUAUUUACUCUUCCUUUUAAGUUUUCUAAGUAUGUCUGUAGCGGGAUGGUAUAGAUUUCUUGUUUCAGUGCUUUGGAACAGAUUUGAUGUUAUGUCAGUUGAUCAGGUUAAAAUUGUGUCUUUUCAGUUGCGUAGCUGGCAAAUAAUUUCCAAAAUCACAAUGCACUCGUGGUGUCGAGGGGCUAGGGAACACUGGAGAAGGUAAAUAGAACAAAAAUGCAUAAAUCAAGGGUUUGGAUGGAGCAGUUAACCGCAUUGAAGUUACAACAUUUCUAAUUUUACUGUCAUGUGUUUAGACAUUUGUCACAUUUUUUAAAUUCCUCUUGUUCUUAAACUCUCAAUACAAUAUAUUUUGACCUUCCCAUGAUUCCAGAGAAUUCAGUAUUGAAAGAAUGAAAGAAGAAAGAAAAAAAAGAAAGAACAUUGUGGCAGUGGCAUUUAACAAUAUAAUAUAUUGUAAACACAAUAAAAUAGGGAAUAUAAUGUAUGGACUUUUGGCAUUGGCUUGAAGCAAUAUAAUAUAUUGUAAACAAAACACAGCUCUUACAUAAUGAACAUUUUAUACUGUUUGUAUAAAAUAAAGGUGCUGCUUUAGUUUUCUGAG